AUGAAUGAUCAAUUCAACAAGGCGGGUAACAAAAGUUAUACAAUUGGUUUAAAUCAAUCUUCCGAUUUAACUAUCGAAGAGUUUAUAGCUUCAUAUACCAGAUUCAAAGCUUCAAACAAAGAUUCUUACUCCAACGCCAGAUCAAAUGCACUAGUAUUCAACAUCAGUGAUGAUGAUCUUCCAACAAAUUUAGAUUGGAGAGAGAAAGGAGUUGUUAAGGAGGUUAAGAAGCAAGGAGGAUGCGGAGGUUACUGGGCAUUUGUAACUGUGGCAGCUGUUGAUGGUUUUUGGAGUGUAACAAAUGGCAGAUUGCUGGACUUGUCAGAGCAACAAGUAAUUGAUUGUGAUAGAGGUAGCAAUGGAUGUAUAAGUGGUGAUAUUGUUAGUGGCUUGAGUUCUCUAAUAUUAAGCGCUGGUAUUCGUGAAGAAUUUGAGUAUCCAUACAAAGAAGAAAGUGGGACUUGUAAAAAUGAUUAUAUGUUUGAAACUGAAGCUUUCAUAACUUGUUACAAAAUUAUACAACCAAAUUAUGAACAAAAUUUACUAAGAGUUAGUUAUGGUAUUAGUCAGGAAGGGGUGAAACAUUGGAGAAUAAACAAUUCUUGGAGUAAAGCUUCGGGUGAGAUUGGAUACAUGAGGAUAAAAAGAGAAGGUGAUGGACCUGAAGGUCAUUACAGCAUUGCUACUAGGCCUUUUAUUCCUUGUAUUGAUGGAUCAAAUGCACUAGUAUUCAACAUCAGUGAUGAUGAUCUUCCAACAAAUUUAGAUUGGAGAGAGAAAGGAGUUUUUAAGGAGGUUAAGCAGCAAGGAGGAUGCGGAGGUUACUGGGCAUUUGUAACUGUGGCAGCUGUUGAUGGUUUUUGGAGUGUAACAAAUGGCAGAUUGCUGGACUUGUCAGAGCAACAAGUAAUUGAUUGUGAUAGAAGUAGCAAUGGAUGUAUAAGUGGUGAUAUUGUUAGUGGCUUGAGUUCUCUAAUAUUAAGCGAUGGUAUUCGUGAAGAAUUUGAGUAUCCAUACAAAGAAGAAAGUGGGACUUGUAAAAAUGAUUAUAUGUUUGAAACUGAAGCUAUCAUAACUUGUUACAAAAUUAUACAACCAAAUUAUGAACAAAAUUUACUAAGAGUUAGUUAUGGUAUUAGUCAGGAAGGGGUGAAACAUUGGAGAAUAAAAAAUUCUUGGAGUAAAGCUUCGGGUGAGAUUGGAUACAUGAGGAUAAAAAGAGAAGGUGAUGGACCUGAAGGUCAUUGCAGCAUUGCUACUAGGCCUUUUAUUCCUUGUAUUGAUGGAUUCAAAGCUUCAAACAAAGAUUCUUACUCCAACGCCAGAUCAAAUGCACUAGUAUUCAACAUCAGUGAUGAUGAUCUUCCAACAAAUUUAGAUUGGAGAGAGAAAGGAGUUGUUAAGGAGGUUAAGCAGCAAGGAGGAUGCGGAGGUUACUGGGCAUUUGUAACUGUGGCAGCUGUUGAUGGUUUUUGGAGUGUAACAAAUGGCAGAUUGCUGGACUUUCAGGAAGGGGUGAAACAUUGGAGAAUAAAAAAUUCUUGGAGUAAAGCUUCGGGUGAGAUUGGAUACAUGAGGAUAAAAAGAGAAGGUGAUGGACCUGAAGGUCAUUGCAGCAUUGCUACUAGGCCUUUUAUUCCUUGUAUUGAUGGAUUCAAAGCUUCAAACAAAGAUUCUUACUCCAACGCCAGAUCAAAUGCACUAGUAUUCAACAUCAGUGAUGAUGAUCUUCCAACAAAUUUAGAUUGGAGAGAGAAAGGAGUUGUUAAGGAGGUUAAGCAGCAAGGAGGAUGCGGAGGUUACUGGGCAUUUGUAACUGUGGCAGCUGUUGAUGGUUUUUGGAGUGUAACAAAUGGCAGAUUGCUGGACUUGUCAGAGCAAUAA